GUCCCAAGAGAAGCGCGGCCGGGAAGCCGAUGCCUCACGUCGGAAGAGGCCCCGCGGUCCCCUCGCGCGGCAGCCGAGGAACGGGAUGGGGAGACUCCGUCUCGGCCUGCCGGGCGUCGGUCACAGAGCGGCCCUCCUCCCGCUCGUAGGCCGCCCCGGAGCGGCCGGCCCUCCUGCCGCUUGCUCACCUGUCUCUUCCACAGGCCGCGCUCUCUGCGCUCCGGGCUGGGGUCUCGGCCGACUGCUCGUAUCCGCCUCUGGUCACAGCGUGUACCCCGCCUCAAAAUGCGCAGCCGCCAUCCCGCCUCUUCCGGAAGCAUUUUCGGGAAAAGUAGCCGGAAGCAUUUCUACCCAGCUGCUCCCAUAAGUCUUUGGUUGCCCUGAUAGACGGAAGGGCGGGAAGGAAAGGCUCGCGCGACACGACCGCCAAGCCUUAUUAGCGCCUCCCGCCCGCAGCGGAAUUCCUUCUCUGCACAGAGAUAGAAAAGGGUAGAAUGGUCACAACGGCUAUUAGUAUUGGGAAGACGAGGCAGAAUACAAGGAUUUCUCAGGUUGCAGUCAGACUUGUACAUUUACCAUAGAGGUGGAGCUGAGGUUCGUUUGGCUUUCCAACCCGCCCCCCGCCGCCCAAAAAAGAAAUCGCAUGCAAGGGUGCUGCGUAUUUAAAUAUUUCAAAACUUAAAAAAGCAAAUACAUCUCUUUUUACUCAAGCUCUCCCUGCUGACCCAUACUAUUGGACGCUGUUUUAUUUGAAUCCUCUGAAUCUUUUGCUUUUAUACUGUUGCUUUAAUGGUUUUAAGUUGUACUUUUGUUUUAAUGGAUCUUGGCUUGUGUCCAGUGCCUUUAAAAAAAAAUACGUAAAAGCGGGGGAGGGGGGAAUCGAAAUUUUGCGCACGAAAUAAGAUCCGGUUGUGAAACUGCAGCAACUCCUGUUACUGCUGAUAUCGCAGCGGCUGAUGUGCACACUGUGCAGCCACGGUUAAGCUCCGCUCGUGGAGGUCUCCGCACAGCUCGCUCGCUCUCUUCUGCCCCAGGAUACCAAAUAAAUAAAUAAGGAAUUUGGACCGCCUGUGUGAGCCUAACGUACAACAACAAAGGCAAAGGAUAAAUGGAUUGUAUCAUUAAAAAUCCAAGGGAUGGAGCAGCGCCACAAUGGGGAAUUAGAGCAUGUGGCAGAUUUCCACUUCUGCUGGAUCCGUUUCUCUGCGACGUACAGUCGGCGGGUCCUCCGCAGUUGCACUUAUCUCGGAAGUCAGGGCUUUGGACCAUAGAGUUUUUGCCAAAGCUCUCCUAUCUAGGAUUCUGGCUCUAUGCCUUUUGACGCGGCGCCCGCCGGGCUACACGCCCAGACGAGCCGAGGAGGAGGAGGCGGUGCCUCCUCGGUGACGGGCGGCGUGGAGGGCGGGGCUUCGUGGUUGGAAGCGGAACUGGAGGCCGCGGUGCCCUUGGUAACCAAGAGGAGUCACGUGACAGGAGCGGGAGCCCAGCUGAGAGAAGGAAGCGAAGGAGCCAGCGGCGUCUCCCGAGCAAUCUCCUCCGACCACCCCGGGCAAGAUGUCAGGCAAAGACAGGAUCGAGGUUUUCCCCUCGCGGAUGUGAGUGGCCUUCCUGGUCCUUUCGGGGCCUCCCUUGGGCGGUGGGGGGGCCGGUCAGUUCCUUCCCUGCGGCCCCACAGCCGGACACUGUGCGCUGGGGGGUGUUGAGCUCUCAAAUUCAAGCUGCCACGGAUCAGCCACAAACACCCUUUAGCCGCCGUCACGCGGGUGCAUUUUCUCACCCUUGUAAUUCGCAAUGGAAGGGUGCGAUCCGUUUUCAGCGGCCUUAAGAGCCCAGUAGAAUGGUAGCUAUUUUGCAUUGCUUCAAUUCGCGUUGAAUUUGGAGAGCGCUUUGGGGUGCAGAAUUUGAUACUCGUCAAAUUCUGUUUCGAAUCCCAUAACUAUCACCAAUGUAUUGAUUGGCGUUGGUUAAAUUUACAAGGGGUUGUGGGAGGAAUGCGUUGGAAUAAAAAGAUGAUGUUACCUGUCAUGUAAGAGUCUCUCCCCCCCCCCCCCCCAUUCAGACAAGUCAGGCUUGUAGGCUUAAAAAUGGGGAAGUGAAAUGUGAGUUGUUUCCAGGUCAAAAUGGCAAAUGCUUUGUCAUAUGGUCAGAUGUCUUUGACAAUUAUGGAACAAGGUUGUCAUUUUAUCUGACUAUGCAAUGCUUGAAAUGUCUCCUAUUAUUAAUAAUAUGUUUGUAUUAGAGACACUUUUUACUAGUCAGAGGAUGGUAGGAAGGGGCAGUACUAAAAUAAGGGGGAAAAAGAGGAAAGUGAAGCCUCAAAAUGAUGCUCAAAAGUAGAAAGCUUAUUCUAGUACACAAGAUUGCAACCUUAGUAAUUUCAAAAUAGAAACUUCUUAAUAACAAACAACUGUGUUCAGCUUUCAAACUGAAUUUUGAGAGGGAGAACUGAGUUUCCUCAUGAGCACUUAUUUUGAAGGCUGUAAGUCUUCUGUUUCUUUUAAGUGCCAUACAAUUAAUUGUACUUCUAGUGCCUAGCUUGGCAGUUUCUCAUUUUCGCACAUUGCCAUACUGUUGUGUUAACCUGGAAGUCCCACUGAUUUCAGUGGAAUUUUCUCUAGGCAGGUAUGCAUUAAAUUUCACCCUUGCAGUGCAAUCAUAUGCAGAGUUUUUAUUAUGAGUAUGAUUAUUGCUUCUUAUAUAGAUCAGCCAUAUUUCCAGUAUGUUUGCUGAAUCUGGCAUGGCAUUCUUGAUAGUAAACAGAGCCAUGUUUAGUAUCCACACACAGUUUUGCUGAAUCUUGUUCCAACUAGUAAAUGAGUUAGUCUGAGAUAGAGAGGCAGUGGUGCAAGCCAGUCAGUGCAGGAAUACGGACACCAGACCUUCCCUUCAUUUAAAGAAGUUCCAGUUCUCUUCCUCAAGUUUAUUUCCAGCUUAGGCGGUUCCUGGGAGACAUAUUAUAAACUCUCUAAGGAAUUGCCAUGAAAUCUCCUUAUUCAAUAUUUCUAGUACUGCCCAAAAUUAGUUUGUUGUUAUGUUUCCAAUUACUUUUCCUUGGAGAUCAUGGGAAUCAUGGGUGGACACAGCAAUUACUGAACAGGCAAAAACCAUUGAAUUCAGGCAUAUCCAUAGAGUGAGCACAGACCAUUGUUUACUGUGUGGCAUCUGCUUGUUACCAUUCUUUGAGAAAAUUGCAAGCAUGUAGAAAGAAAGUUGAGGGACGCGGGUGGUGCUGUGGGUUAAACCACAGAGCCUAGGACUUGCUGAUCACAAGGUCUGCGGUUUGAAUCCCCACGACGGGGUGAGCUCCCGUUGCUCGAUCCCUGCUCCUGCCAACCUAGCAGUUCGAAAGCAUGUCAAAGUGCAAGUAGAUAAAUAGGUACCGCUCCAGCAGGAAGGUAAACGGUAUUUCCAUGCGCUGCUCUGGUUCGCAGGAGUGGCUUAGUCAUGCUGGCCACAUGACCCAGAAGCUGUACGCCGGCUCCCUUGGCCAAUAAAGCGAGAUGAGCGCCGCAACCCCAGAGUCGGUCACGACUGGACCUAAUGGUCAGGGGUCUCUUUACCUUUACCUUGUAGAAAGCAAGUUGUGUCUAGCCACUAGGUGAAGCCAAUGUUAUUGCUCCUUGCUACGAUUAUAAAAGUGAGGCAAGGGCCUGCAGUGGUUGUCUCAUUAUGUGCCAGUUUUCAAAUAUCCACCAUUUGUCAUAGGAUUGCCUCUGUCCAUGCUGCUGUUCAUACGUUACCUGGAACUUCAUAUUGAGAAAAGUGGUAUGUGAUGUGAUUUGGUUUGCGUUGAAUGGUAGAAGAGACAGCUCACAAUGCAAAACAAAUUCUUGAGUUUCCAGUAAGGAACUUAGCUUAUAAUAGGGUUGCGAUAUUUCUAAAAGUGAAAAUUCAGACACAAAGGUUGCUAAGCUUCUUUUGGCCGAGUGAACCAAUUCUAAAGUUCUCUUGGCAGCACUUCUGUUGCAGCCUCCCCAUAAAACUAGAGUUUGUCAUCUUUGCUUAUUUGGUAUGGGGAUGCAAGCGUGUUUAGAAUUGCAGCCUAAAGGUUAUAAGCUUAUUUCUUCUUCUUCUUCAGUCACUCAUAGCCAAGUAAGAUUGUCUUCCAUGAACACAGUCUUAACAGUGAGUCCAUAAAUGACUGUGGAGGUCAGUUCUGGACCCACACAUCCUUCCACAGUAGGGACAUAGGUUUCCGGGCAGGAGUUGAUCGUAGUGAGGGUUUGCCAAGCGUGCCUUCCUCUUAGCUCGUUUUUCCCUUUCGUCCUGAGUACGAGCAUCUUCAAAGUCCAUGACACCUUUGGUAAAGGCUGCUCUCCAAUUGGACGCUCGUAGGCCAGUGUUUCCCAGUUGUUGGUGUUUAUACUACAUUUUUAAAGAUUUGCCUUGAGACAUUCUUUAAACCUCUUUUAUGAUGUACCCUUCAGUGCACAGUAGGUAUUAUUACAAAGUAAACAAGCAUAGGAUUGGACUGUCAGACAUGUGUUGUAAGUGUAUGUUCAAGUUCUGUGAGCCAAAGAAUAUUUCCUCUUGUUUUUAGGAAUGUGCCUUUUCAGGAACACUCUUCUCUUUUUCCCAGAUCAUCUCCAGUGACAAGAUCAAAAGUAUUUAUCACUUUUUUGAAUUUGACAGGGCUCAGACCAUCAUGAAGGCCCGUUUGAAAGGAGCCCAGACAGGUCGCAACCUCUUGAAGAAGAAAUCUGAUGCUCUGACUAUGAGAUUCCGGCAGAUUCUUAAAAAAAUUAUUGAGGUAGGGUGUUUUAAUGUACUGAAUUUACCUGUGAAAUAAAGCUAAAGAAUUUCCAAUAUACGAACCAUUAUAAUAGCAGGAACGAGUUUUGCUCUUUUUAAAAUGAGAACAAAACAGGCCCAUUCCUGACUUAACUCUCAAUUGUAACCUGUAUAUUGGUUUCAGAAAAUGUCCUUUUUUUGGGUUGUGUUUGCAGACAAAGAUGUUGAUGGGUGAGGUGAUGAGAGAAGCAGCCUUUUCUCUUGCUGAGGCAAAGUUCACAGCUGGAGACUUCAGGUAAAGCUCACAAAUGGGUGUAGUUGAGGGGACUCCUGUGUGAGACAUUUGGCCUCUCUCAAGAGGUGAACCAUUCCUUUCUGUUUAUGGGGGUGAUUGGGAGGUAAAUGAAAAUUCUGCAGCAGAUCCUAUAAGAGGAAAAGGUAGAAUGCAAACCCCAUAGGAAAUUAAAUAUAUUUCCAGAGUGUCUGCAAAGAUAAAUGAGCAGAAGAAAAAUAUGAGGGCAGGGAAUAACACUAAAGUUGUGACAGACUCCGCAGUGUUCUAAAUAUUACUACCUACCUUCAUAUUUUAGCUUCUUCUAGUUGACAAAUGACUCCUUGAGUUUCUGUGACUUUGUGUUCCAGUAGCAGUCAUCGAUUACUCUUUAAAACAAAUUACCACUGCAUUGCCCACAGAGCAUCAGAGCAUGUUUUGAAGACUGAUCAGCAUAGUUUGCUGUGGUCACUGCUUUGAACGUUAUAAAAAUGGCAGUUCACUAAUCAUGAUUUCAGAAACAUUUUAGGAAUAAAUUGUAGGAAUAUUUUAAAAUGCAACGUCCCAUUUCACAGAUAUAAAACAUUUCUGUUAUCACAUUUAUGAAUAAGAAAAACAGCAGUGCAUUUUUAUUGGUUCAAGAGCUGGAACCUUUAAUUCAGCUUAGUACUGUAUUUGGGGAAAAACAGAACCUCUAGUACUUUUCUGCUUUAUAGGAUACCAUGAUGUUGUAUUAUGUAUAUACUGUCCUGAGAUUAAGCCUCACAAGUGAGACUUGCUCUGAGAAAACAUACAUGGAAUUGUGCAGCAGGUGCUAGGACCAGGUUUUACAUUUCUAUGUAUGCUGCUGUGUUUGCAUUAAACAUACUUCAUGAAAACUAAGAAAAUAUACUGGCAAUUGCUUCCUCAAAUCCGUUGAAUACGUACUGAUACAUAUUUGUUUCUGCAGUACAACUGUGAUUCAGAAUGUGAACAAAGCUCAGGUCAAGAUCAGAGCUAAGAAAGACAAUGUAGCAGGUGUGUAUCUUUAUGCUGCGCAUGAUAUAAUUAUUUUUAAUUCUAUUUAUUUAAUUAUUUAAGUCACUGAGAAACUACCACAUUGUUUAGUGCGGCUUAUAGUAGAAUCAAAUAGUUGGAGUGGACUUUGAAGGUUAUCGAAGUCCAAUUCCUGUUCAAUGCAGAAUCUGAUAAAUUGCUAUCCAGCCACUCUUUAAAUGCCUCCAGCACUGGAGAGCCCACCAUUUCCCAAGGUUGUCUGUGAUACUGUUGAAACGGGGAAGCUUCUAAAGUUUAUCCAAAAUCUGCUUCUCUGCCAUUUUCACUUGUUUGUUCUGAAUUUGGAGCAAUAGAUAAUAACUGUUUUAUAUUCUGUGACAGCCCUUCAUAUAUUUGAAGCCUGUCAUGUCUCGCCUUAAGUACUUCUUCUUAAGCCUACAUAUACCCAGCUCUUUCAGCUGUUGCUCAUAGGAUGGUUUCCUGACUUUUCACACUACUGCUGGCCCUGCUCUGGGCACACUUCAAUCUGUCAGGGUUUUUAUUAAAAUGUGGCUCAUUUUAUAAACUGAGCUUCAGAGGAUGUGUUCUGGUUCAUUUAAGGCAUCAUUUCUCAUUUCAUCUGAACUUGGAAACUGUGAUCUAAGUGCUCCCUAUAAACCAGAAUCAAAUUGGCUUUCGGUCCCAAAGGGUGUAGUCAUGAGCGUUAUGAGAACAAGAUGGCAGCCAGAAUAGAAAUUAGGAAGUGGAAUUCAUUAAUUGCACAACCUGCUGUGUAUCUUUUACAGGUGUGACCCUGCCAGUUUUUGAACAUUACCAAGAAGGAGGAGACAGUAAGAAGUGAUUUUUCUUUUCUUUUCCUUAUCUCAAGAGGUUUUGAUGUGAUCUUAGCUUUAAUAUGCCAUGUUUGAGACCCUUGAAAACUGCGUCUUCUGUAACAGGCCUGUAGUAUAAUAUAAUAGCAAUGGUUAUGUGGACUAUUUACAACUCUGUAAAUGUUUAGGGGAGAAUUUGACAUUGCACUAUUCUGAUCAUUCUGUCAAGUGCAAGUAUUUCUGCUUGCCUGAUGAAACGACCCCCCUCUCUGCCCCUGUGUGCUGCUCUGAGGGUUCUCACUGCCUUCCAUGGCAGAUUUUUUUUGGGGGGGGGGAGGAGCCCCUUUACACUAGCAGGAGCCCUUGCACCGACUUCCGCUAGCACUCUGGCACUAGCCCUCAAUUUUAAAAAAAUCAUGGGUUGCUUUUAUGUACUGUAGAAGAGGUUAACACGAGAAAUACCACAUGGUGCCUUUUAAAAUGCAAUCCUGAGCUUUGGGAAGUUAUGGAAACUCAUGCUAUUUACUUUAGUAGGGUCAAGAUUGUAUUCUUUGGGCGAUAUCACUUGUGUGAUGGAACUUCCCCUUCCUUUUGCAGUCCUACCUCCACCCCACUCCUAAAUUUGUUCUGGAGGGUUCUCCAACCCUCUGGAUCAGACUUUGAGGGUACAGGGAUUGGAGAGGAAGGGGAAAUUCUAUCACACUGGUGGAAACCCAUUCUGCAAGUGUCCUCACACCAUUGGAUAUAUCCCUUUACAACUAUUUGCAUUUUCCAUAUUAGAAGUGGCAGCUGAGAUGAGUGGCUUUGCAGCUGUUUCAUGCUUGGAACCAUCCUCCACCCUAUAGUAAAUAUUCUGAUGGUUUAGUUUUCUGUUUGGUGGCUGAUUUUUUUGUUGCUAAUGAGGCUGCUAAAUGUUCUGGGUGAAUUCUUUCAGGUUAUGAGCUGACUGGUUUAGCCAGAGGUGGGGAGCAGCUGGCCAAACUGAAAAGGAACUAUGCCAAAGCAGUAGAACUCCUCGUGGAAUUGGCCUCUCUGCAGGUAGGUGAAGAAAGAAAACUAUUAAAAGGACCUCUGGUAUGGCUGUAUAUAUAAUAAUUCUUUGUGAGGUCUUUUUAAAGUAUCUGCUUCCUUUUCUAAUUGAUCAUCUGUAGUUGUUUCUAAGAUAUACUUUGAGGACAAGAGGAACUGCAUAUUGUGCUCUGACCUGAAGUCGGGGUGCAUGGUGGUGCCAGGGAGUGGUUUGGGGGUAGGUGUAGCUAUAUGGCUUUCGUUUAAGGGGAAAUUAGAUUGCAGCCUUUGGACUUGGCUUCCAAAACACUGAUGAGCUGACAUUUGCACAGAAUCCCACCUUGUAGCACUAAGUUUGUGCUAUUCUCUCAACUUUUUGUUGAGUUGCUGAAUCUGAAUUAUCAGCCUGGUAGAACUUUGUGUGCUCACUUUGUGAUGCUCACAAUGUGGAUGUACACAUUGUACAAUAACCCCUUCGCCACUAACAGUAUAUUGGCUAUAGUUUCCUGUGCAAGAAUUAGCAACACACCCCGCUUUCCACCUUACAAAUUAACACUAGAAUGUGGGUAAAUCAGCACUGGGAGUGUGGGCAGCCUGUUUCUAUUUUGCCAUCCCCUAAUACUGGACUGGUGCAAAAAACAAACUGCUAGUAAGUUUGGAAGACUGAGCUGUCAAUAAAGACUCUAUUUAGGGAAACUUGCAUUUGAAAUACCAAGUGAGUGACAAGCCUGCAUGAUGCCAGAUCAAUUUAUCUUUCUUAGCAAUAAAAGUCCCAUAUAUUUGCUGGCAUGUCUCUGCUUAGGGCUGAGGUACAAAGAGCUAGUGCAUCAUGCUUUUUUGCACAAAUAUCUAAUUUUCUGCUCAUUCUUUUCCCUUUCUAUAGACUUCGUUUGUUACACUAGAUGAAGCCAUCAAGAUAACCAAUAGGCGUGUGAAUGCUAUUGAGCAUGGUGAGUCCAAGGAGAUAAUCCUUAAGUUAGUCUUGUCCAGCCUGAUACCUUCCAGAUGUUUUGGACUACAACUGUUGGGGAUGGAUGGGAGUUGUAGUCCAAAACAUCAGUGUGCUCUAACUAUGGUGAAUGAGCUGGUUUGCAUAACAGGGCGAGCAAUAUGUGGGCUCAGAUUGCAGCUGCUUUGCUCCUCCUCAGUCCAUUUGGCUUAGGGUCUCAUCUGAACCAGGUCCAAAUGGAGAGCAUAACCAAAAAUACUGCCCACCAUAAAUUGGGUAGUAAAUGAAGCUUCCUAAUACAGUGGUGCCUCGCAAGACGAAAUUAAUUCGUUCCGCAAGUUUUUUCUUCUUGCGAGUUUUUCGUCUUGCGAUGCACGGUUUCCCAUAGGAAUGCAUUGAAAAUCAAUUAAUGCGUUCCUAGGGAAACCGACUUCAGACCAGGUCCGGGGACAGUCUGUCCCCCGACCUCUUCUGAAGGCUGGGGGGGACAAGGGCUUUUCUUCCCACCCCACCCCAGCAUUUUAAAAACCCGGGACAGCGGAGGGCGUCUCCGCGGUCCGGGGCGCUCUGAAACUGCUGGCGGGCGGCAUUUUAAAAUUGCCCCGGGACAGCGGAGGACUUCUCCGCUGUCCGGGGCAAUUUAAAAGCCCCUGGGAAGGCAGGCAGGGGGGACAAAGACUUUUGCCCCCCCGCCAGCCUUCAGAAGAGGUCCUGGACCUCUUCUGAAGGUUGGCGGGGGGCGAAAGUCUUUGUCCCCCCCCCCCCGGCCUUCAAAAGCUGUCCAGCCAAGGCUUCGCGGACCUCUCCGCAAGCAGCGGCAGCACUGCCGCUGCUUGCGGAGAGUUGCCGGCAUGCCGAAGCCUGCGCGCGCUGAGAUCAGCGCGCCCAGGCUUCGCGGACCUCUCCGCGAGCAGCGGCAGCGCUGCCGCUGCUUGCGGAGAGUUGCCGGCAUGCCGAGCCUGCGCGCGCUGAGAUCAGCGCGCCCAGGCUUCGCGGACCUCUCCGCGAGCAGCGGCAGCGCUGCCGCUGCUUGCGGAGAGUUGCCGGCAUGCCGAAGCCUGCGCGCGCUGAGAUCAGCGCGCCCAGGCUUCGCGGACCUCUCCGCGAGCAGCGGCAGCGCUGCCGCUGCUUGCGGAGAGUUGCCGGCAUGCCGAAGCCUGCGCGCGCUGAGAUCAGCGCGCCCAGGCUCCGCGGACCUCUCCGCGAGCAGCGGCAGCGCUGCCGCUGCUUGCGGAGAGUUGCCGGCAUGCCGAAGCCUGCGCGCGCUGAGAUCAGCGCGCCCAGGCCUCGCGGACCUCUCCGCGAGCAGCGGCAGCGCUGCCGCUGCUUGCGGAGAGUUGCCGGCAUGCCGAAGCCUGCGCGCGCUGAGAUCAGCGCGCCCAGGCUUCGCGGACCUCUCCGCGAGCAGCGGCAGCGCUGCCGCUGCUUGCGGAGAGUUGCCGGCAUGCCGAAGCCUGCGCGCGCUGAGAUCAGCGCGCCCAGGCUCUCGCGGACCUCUCCUGCCUUCAAAAGCCGUCCGGGAUAGCGGGAAGCGCUUCCCUGCUAUCCCGGACUGCUUUUAAAAUGCUGGCGGUGGGGAGCAAAGCCUUUCGGCCCCCGCCAGCCUUCCUGGACCUAUUCUGAAGGCCGGAGGGGGGGGGGGAAGGCUUUGCUCCCCACCCCGAGCAUUUAAAAGAGGUCCCCGGAUAAUUCCCAAUGGGCGUUGGUCUUGCGAAGCAAGCCCAUAGGAAAUUCGCUUAUGCAGCGCCUCCAAAACGGAAAACCCUUUCGUCUAGCGGGUUUUCCGUCUUGCGAGGCGUUCGUCUUGCGGGGCACCACUGUAUGCAUCCUAAUACCAUGAUGUGAUUCAGAGCUGUGCUGAUGGAUGGCUUUUCCAAGGCCCCAUUUCAUAGUACUAUCUUGGAAGAGGUCAGAAUCUAGAAGAACCAGCUCCCUAAGAUGACCCUUUCCCCACCACCACCACUAUGUUUGUGGCCCCUGGAACACCACAUCACUGUGAAGUAUUUUUCCUUUUGCUCUGUCACACUCUGGCCAUCCUGUAUAGUGAUUAAAUUACUGUGCCAUACAACAAACUAUGCAUCUAACUCAAGGGUUGACAACCUGGGCAUCCCUUGGCAGGAGAUCAGACUAUACACAUAUCUAUGUAUGUUCAAAAACAUAGAUGGCAAUCACCAGGAUAACUAAUUUUUGCAUGGCUGCCCUCCUUGUAUUUAUAGAAUCAUACUUACUAAUGGCAAUUUCUUUUUAUAGUGAUUAUUCCCAGGAUUGAACGUACACUCUCUUAUAUCAUAACUGAGUUGGAUGAGCGAGAGCGAGAGGAGUUUUACAGGUGAGUGACUUGGCAAUCCAAAAAUAGGAAAUUAUGAAUCUGAAAAUGCCCUGGGAUGGAGUCUUUUGAGCCCACAAAUGCCUCUGUUAACCAAAGAGGAGGGAAUUUUUGCACACUCAACAUUUUCCCUGCAGCUCCACCACCAGUUUUCAUCCUCUUUUUGCAAGGGCUCCCAACUCUGUGGAGUCUAUUGGGGUGGGAACCUGCAGUGAGGUGUUAGCAAAAAUGGCCUCCCCCUUCUUGGAUUCCACUCUGUACGAGUGUGCAGCUUAGUUUAUACUGAUCCCCCCCAACAGUCCUUGCUAACUUGAUGUCCUCCAGAUAUUUUAGACUACAUCUCCCAUCAACCCACAGGCAGGUUAGCUGGGACUAAUGGAAGUUGUACUCUAAAACAUCUGGAGGACACCAGGUAGUUAGUUCCUUUUCUUACCCCUGCUCUAAGCAAUAACCUCACUUUUUCUAGGAAGAAUUUCAAUUUUUAAAUAAUUGUGCCAAAAGAAAGCAGGAGAUUAGGGCUGCAAACAAGUUUCAAAGCUACAAUGGAAAGUACACCUCCACCUCCAAAUGUUGGUACAUUUUGUCCUUAAAUUUUCAGCUAAGUUCCACAGAAUUGAUGGCCCAUUACUGUCAACUAUUUGAAACAAAAUUUUAAAAAAUUCCUUCCAGUAGCACCUUAGAGACCAACCAAGUAUGUUAUUGGUAUGAGCUUAUCUGAAGAAGUGUGCAUGCACACGAAAACUCAUACCAAUAACAAACUUUUGUUUCGACUAUGGCAGACCAACACAGCUACCUGCCUAUAACUGUCAACUAUUUCUCAUUGGAAUAGAAUACAAAUGUAUAUUAACUUAUGUUUACCAAAGCCUUCAAAUGCAGUGUGUCAAAUGGAACAAUUUAUCAUCUAAGGGGUGGCACACUGGGACACCCACACAUAACACACAGUUGAGUUUCCUCUCCUUCUGGUGCGUGGGAAAGCACUCAGUGCACCAAGCCAUUGCAGGGAAUGAGAAGCCCUAGCUUUUCCCCAAACUUUGUGAAAUUGGAAAUAAAAUCCCGAUAAUGGCUGUGUCACAUUUCGGGGUGGGGUGUGGAAUGUUGGAAUGACCUGCUAUCUGCACACCGGCUUUACAAUAAUUUGCACUAUUUUUCUCUGUAGAUUAAAGAAGAUCCAGGAGAAGAAGAAGAUACUGAAAGAAAAGAACGAAAAACUGCAAGAGUUGCAGAGGGCUGCUGGACAGCUGCGCGAGCCUGCUAAUUUGCUUGCGGAGGAAAAGGAUGAGGAUCUUCUCUUUGAAUAACUGUGGACAUCUGUUACAAUGCAGGACUCAGAACAGUGAGUUUGAGAUACAGUUCUGGACACAUUGUGAUGCUUUUGUGGCUCUUCAUUUGGUGUAUUAGCCUGUGCUAUCCAGUCUGGAUUUAUUCCAGGAUUUUUUUUCUGUUGUGGAAAAUAGCUGGUUUGUCCAUUGAACACAUGCAUGAAGCAGAAACAUUUCCAGUUCUACAUAUCUCCAUUUAAUUUAGUUGGCAGAGAAGUAUUGCCACUUCUGCUUCUGCUGUUCUCUCAGCUGUACUUAACUUCAUUUUCCCCACAUACUGCCAAAUUCUUGUGAGCAAAGUUCCUUGUUCUGACCUGCUUUGUGUUCACAAGUGACAGCAACUGUAAUAACUUAUUAAACGAACAGGCUUUUUUCUCCAAAAUGCAAUUUUUAAAAAAUCUGUGUGAUCUCAUUGUAUCUUUUUGUUUCUGAAAGAAGGAAUGGUUUCCAUUUUAUGUUGUAUUUGCCAACUCAUCUGUGCUGUAAAAUCAGUAAAGGAACCUGUGUCUAAA